UUUAAAAAGAUUCCCAGGUGAUUCCAAUGUGCAGCCAAGGCUGAGAACCACUGACCUAAAACACCAACAAGCAGCGAAAACCCCGCUGCGCCGGAAGGAGCGGCGCGCGAAGACCCGCCCCCGCGCCCCGCCGUCGCGAGCACAGGCCCGCACGGAGAGUGCGCACGCGGCGCCCACCGUUUGCGACGGGCCGGAAAGCAGCGACCGCAGCCAGCGCCGGGGGAGCCGGGCCGCUAUGGGGAAAAUCGCGCUGCAGCUCAAAGCCACGCUGGAGAACGUCACUAACCUCCGGCCUGUGGGGGAAGACUUCCGGUGGUACCUGAAGAUGAAAUGUGGCAACUGUGGUGAGAUUUCAGAGAAGUGGCAGUACAUUCGGCUGAUGGACAGUGUGGCACUGAAGGGAGGCCGUGGCAGCGCCUCCAUGGUCCAGAAGUGCAAGCUGUGCUCGAGGGAAAACUCCAUUGAGAUCUUGAGCAGCACCAUCAAACCUUACAAUGUUGAAGACAAUGAGAAGUUCAAGACGAUAGUAGAGUUUGAGUGCCGGGGCCUAGAACCAGUUGAUUUCCAGCCCCAGGCUGGGUUUGCUGCUGAGGGUGUAGAAUCGAGGACCAUCUUCAGUGACAUUAAUCUGCAGGAGAAGGACUGGACUGACUAUGACGAAAAGGCCCAGGAGUCUGUGGGAAUUUACGAGGUCACCCACCAGUUUGUGAAGUGCUGAGCCCUCUUCCUGCACACUUGCCUCUAAGAACUGAGAAGGGGCAACCAAGCAGCAGAGCCCACUGAAGCUGGUCCCUGCAUCCCUUGUCUCCUGGCAGCUGUCCAAGCCCUCACAGUCUGCAUGCUGGGCUGUCACAGCUUCCCAGGCCCCACCAAUAAAGCCCGUUUGUGCUGUACUCAUGCACUGAGGUAGUCAGGUAGCAGCCACUCCCCCCACAAAAAAGAAUCCCUAUUAGAGGUCUUAUACUGUUUCCUGACACCUUCCCACAAUAUGGAAUCUUACACCUGAUGCUUUGCAAACUAUGCAGGAGCACAGCUUCUAAGGGCUCUCUAGCUCAUGAGGAGUGGGCACAUCAACCCAGAAAACCAGAGGUGUCAAGGCCAAUGGUAUGCAAUGCAGCUGAGCCUAUAGCAUGACACCAUGAGCCAAUAAUCCUGAGCCAAAACACUGCAUUGAUUAGCGUGGCUCUUAAGUAAAUGCAGGCAUCUCUGUUAGCUGGUGUCACUUCAUAUUCUAGGGAUAAAAGGGACUGUAGAGGUCAGCCAUCCAGUCCUGGCAAGAUUCUGCUCUCACAUCCUGGCCAGGUGGUCAUUAGGUCUCGGCUCACCUGCUGUGAUGGGGCCUUCCCCCCCACACGGAAGUCAGUAUGAAAGUUCUUAUAUUCAGUCAGCAUCUAUGCCCCGGGUAGCUCCUGGUCCUGUUUUGUCCCCGCUGUGGUCACCCUUCUGUGUGCUGUCCCCCAGGCAGCCCUGUGGAGGUAUGAAGAGCCCCUACCCAGUGGACACAGCUGUUUAAUGCAGUUAGGUCCACGAGGCAUACUCAUGCCUUCCCACCAGUGAGCCAUUUGGAAAACUUGUUACAAGAGACCUUAUUUAUCCAGCGUUCUGCUGGAGCCAGGAAUUCUUUGGAAGUGAAAUAUCCUCAUUUUCUGAAUGGCCCACUGGGGAUGGGUCUGCCCACUCCCAGGCAGGUUGUGGGGCACCAGGAAGGGGGAUCCUCCAAUUUAAGGUAAAGGUGGCCGUAUCCAAGAGGUGAGGAGGUGCCGACCUUGUCCCCUCCCCAGUCUGGCAGCUACUUGUUUCCUCUAGGUCGAAUAUUCCUGGCUCCCUCUGGGCCUCUUUUUUGCACCUGACAACAGCAUUUCUUCAGCCCUCGCUCAGCCAGCAGGCCUUCUAGCCCCCUACCCACUAGGUCCAGUCCACUGCCCAGCCUGAGAGCAAGUGAGUGGAAGUAAUGGGCCGGGUCAGCAGCCGUUCCAGUUCUCAGACUCUACCAGCCAGUGUGUUAAGUUCAUAAAGACAAACACUAAGAGGAUCAAUAGCUUUUGUUUAUACUUUAAAUUGCUUUCUCAUCUUUCAGGAGGUAAAAGAAUCAAAAAAAAAUCAUUAAUUAAAAGGGAAAAAUAAAGUAGAUUAUGUCAGUAGAUGCAACAAUUAAAUUUUAUUUCUGCUUCAACAAUAAAUACACCUGAGUUAUUUUUCCAAAUCCUACCCUCCUGAUCAAAUGCCCUUAAAAAUUGAAAUCUCACAUUAUCUUUCAUUGUGAUCUAAUUGCACUUGGAAAUUACAUGUUUAGUUUUAAAACCCUUACUUUAAAGCUCAGGCUUCACAUUGGCCGCAGAGGUACCUCAUGAUUAGUUCCAAUAGUCACAGAAUAGCACCUAUUGGCUACAUAGGCCUCAAUUUUCAUGUAGAUGAAGCAAUGGAGGCUUUUAGCCCGCCCAGAAGCUAAGUUUUGAUGGACUUGCCUUCCAUGGCAUCAAACAUGUCUUCCAAGGCUUUCUGCACACAUUGGAGAAACUCCCGGGCGUUGCGGCCUGUGUAGGAGGAGACGUUGCAGCCUAUCCAGUUGUCAUGAACGGCAUACCCAACACCAAAGCCAUCAGGGACCACCGGGGCAAAGCCACCAAUGUUCACUGCUGGGCUGGUCAGUGUGCUGGUGGACAGGAUGUUGUGGUUUAUCUGCCCAUAUGCAGGGUCCAGAUACAGCUCAGGCAGGGCAAUCCCUUUGGCUGCUGUCAGGUACCGCAGUGCAAAUAAGUGUCGGUCAAAACCCUGGCCUGUGAGAGACAAAACAAAAAACCAGAGUCAAAAUCGCAGAACUGAAAGAACCUCAGUAAACCUUCCCACCAUGUAGGAAUCCCCUUCACAACAUCCUUGAGAGUGGAAGAGGGUCGUCUACCUCUGCAUGUACACCUCCAGCUCACUAGCCUCUAGAGCAGUUCAUUCUAGAAUGUUUUCUUAAGAAAAAACUCAACAGCUGAGUCAAAAAUGAGCCUAAAAUAAAAGUAUGAUUUUACAAAGUCUGAAACUAAGUCAAUUUAGUCAAGAAAAGUACAUGAGAGCUCUGGACUCAAAAACUAAGAUAAAAGCCACAGUCCAAGUCAAGUGUCAAAGACAAAGUUCUCAUCGCAUCUUUACUGUUAAUUUGCUAUGUAAGCUUGGGCCAGCGGCCUCAG